UUACGUGCAGCGGGGGCUGAAAUGGAAAACAGAAGGCCCAAGUGCAUGUCCGGGCCUGUGCAUGCUUUCAAAAGAAGCGGAGGAGGGGAGAACUGAUUUCCUCUGUAAAGAGAAGGGGAGGAGAGAGACUGGAGAGGGGUGUCAGUGGCUGGAGCCUCCAGGACGUGCACACUGGGGCUGCUGUGAUUAGGACACGGCGGGAGACCCGAGAGAGGGAGAGAAAAGGGGGCACAGAGUGAAAGUAAAAACGAAAGAGACUAUCCGAAAAGAGAGUGGAAAAUACCAGAAGGGCAGCACACCAACCUGAGAAGGACAGAGAGAGAGAGAGAGAGAGAGGGAGAGAGAGAGAGAGAGAGGUGUGCUCGUGAACAGAACAUAACUUCGCAGUUACUCACGCACACGGAAAGCAGCGCAGAAUUUAUCGACAGUCAUUAAACUUUUACUCGCCAUAAAGUGGAACGUCAUAAAAACAAAGCAUGAUGGGUAACACAGAGCGGAUGGGCCGGUAGAAGCAUGUUACCCACAGUUUUAUUGCUUCUAUCAGUGUUUACUGUUCGAGGAAGCGCUUGCGAUGAUCUGAAGAGAGAAACAGUCAGCAAUCUGCAGGGCUCCAUCGAGCAUGAAGAACAGAUUGGAUUUCUACAGGUGUUUCCGAAAAACUACUAUGUACAGCAUCAUUUCAAUGGCAGCACACAGUGUGAAGACUCGUGCUGUGUGUUCAGUGCAGCCUUCCUCCUGUCAGACUCCUGGAAGCAACUCCUGCAGCAUGUUGAACGGAUUCACAUGAAACAUAUCUUAAUUGGUGACCUGAUUUUUACACUUGAUAACAUUUGGAAAGAGAGUUUCCAGGAAACACCAAAUCCCUCCGUCUUCCCGUCUUUCCACUCCUCCCCUAGAGCUCUGCUCACCUUCACUUCUGAUGUCCUUUCUAAAUGGCUGGCCCUGGACUGCCCUGUUGAGAAGUUCGGCUGUGUAUUCCCCUCUCCAGCACCUAUGUUCACCGACAGAAAAGAGGAGCAAGAGAAAGAACACAGGGUCACUGAUGGAGAACUGGUUGAGGAGGAGUCAGAAUAUGGGAAAGAAGGAGAAAGAGAAAAAAGAUGGCUUACUGUCAUGCCAAAGAAUGGGGACGUGGGGUUGUCUGCUUCACCAGCCUUCUUCCUUUGUAUUCUUUGUUGUCUGAGGAUGCUGUUGGAUGUGAUACUGAACGAGCUCGGUUGAGGCAGGAGCUUCAUCCAGAAUGUAACUCUGUGAGAUCCCGGCUAAUAAGCCAUGACACAGCUACUGCAGUAAGCUUGGUAGGACAUACUAAGUCAGGUCAAUGUUUGUUUGUAAUGAAGAAGUAUUUGCUGCUGGUUUGGUGCUGGUGAUGGAAUGGUAGAAUGGCUUCCCUUCCUGAGCUUGUUCCAUAUAAACCUUGGAGCCAGUUGAUCACUCAAUAGAAAGUGAUGUUUCAGCUUGCAAAAUGUUGAUUGGUAGAAAAGAAGUACUCUCAAGUCACACUGUAACCACUAUAUCCUGGUCAGGGUCCUGUGAGCAGAGGGUGCGAGGUGGGAAUACACCCUGGAUGAGAUGCCAGUUCAUUGCAGAGCAAAGAAGUAUUCACAUGAUAUUGCAGUUUGUGAUACAAACCUGUCAUUCUGAUAAAAAAAAAAAAAAUAGCUAGGAGUUAAUACAUGAAUGAUAAAAAAAAAUAACAAAUGGAGUAAAAAUGGAAUAAAAAUAAGGUCCAUAGCCCAUACACUUCGUUUAACUUUAAGCACUUUACUAAUCAUAGUAUAACAUUUCUACAAAACUGUUUUAUGAUAGAUUUGUCAUAACAUUUAUGGUUUCUUUGGAUCCACAUGAACUUUUAAGACAGUCCUAGCAGAUUUGUCUCCAAUAGGAAAAUGUUAGAACUUUUUGAAUGUUUUGAAUUUAAAGUUCUUAAAAUAGCUUCAUCAGUUAAAAAUGAUUUUGCACUCAGUAUAUGUUCUCAUCCUUAUUUAGUACAACCUCACUCAUAUUUACAGUAAUUGAUACAAUUUUGUCAGAUUUCACAAGAAGCUGUAGCUAAAUCCAAACCUCUUACGUUGAUUGUUCACAACUUUCUUAUUAUUAUACUUUGUGCAAAUGAUCAUGCAUUUAAAAUAACAAAUGCUAAAAUGGUGACUUGACAUCAUUUUGUAUGCUAGAUAGAGACAUGGAAUAAUUUGAACAGGACAGUGUGUAAAUAUAAUGUGUGCCCUCAUUCUGAGCACAUUUUCCAAGGAAAGGAAACCAGUGUUUUUAUUACCCUUCUGCGUAGACAUGUCUCUUACAUUCUGGUAAACCAGACAAAUCCUUAGGCUUGAGGGAAUGGAAAAGGCAAAAUGAAGUUCUUCUUGUACAUGACUUAUUAUUUUGGAGACUCUUUACACUGCAUACUAUAGCUGUGUAAAACUGCAACUUUUUUGCCUUUACCAGUCCUCUGCCUUUUUUCUGAGUAACUGCCAUAGAAGCUUUGAGAAUUUAGUAGCCAACAGCUUGUCAUCUAAUGAAUUUUGUGGAAAGACUGUCCAGUAUAAUGCUCUAUAUGCAUUACUGUUUCAGCUUUUAUACACAUACUCUUCUGCACUUUCACUGCACUAAUAGUUUCCAUCCCUGUUGGUUGUGUUUUUGUAGUCCUGCUGAAGGACAUUCCUUUAGUGUUAUGCAGGAUGUGAGCGUUUGACUAAAAGAUUUUUGAAACACUGACUGUAGAACUUAAUUUUCCAAGAUUGCACAAUACAAAACUCAAUAGAUAUACUCAGUAUUAACAAUGGUGUCACCAGCAUUUUAAUGCAAUAAAUCAUUGCCUUGAAAAUAACCCAGUUGCAAUAAGCUUGUAGCGAUCAUGUUAGCUAUGUAUGCUAGUGCUCAAAAUAUUAUCAACAGUAUUUCAGGAACAGUUUUGCAUUCUUACAUUGUUUACAUGAUUUAAGUUGAUGGCUUGGAUGCUACAGAUAAAAAGCUCUCACUGUAUUUCACUGAUACUAUAUAUCAUGCAAAUGAAUCGAUUUAUAUGUGUGGUUUGAAGAUGUUUCAACAAAAACAUGUAUGUAAUGUACAGAACCUGUGUGUAUAUCUAAUAUACAAAUUCUGGAAAAAAAAAUUAGCAAAUAUUACAUCUGUUAAUAAAAUACACAAUGUA